AUGUUCAAGUUCAACAUGUCGCGCUCGCAGUUUGAGCUGGCAAAGUUCAACGUUCCGGGCUUCUGGCCGGAUCCAGACACUCUCAACAAGAUUCCGAAGGAGCCGUACGAGAUCCAGGCCGAGCUCGCUCGCAUAAACGCCGCCAAGGCCGAAAAGAGACGCCGUCUGGAACAGAAAGCUGCAGAGCUCGGCAUCACCGAAGAAAACUAA